UCGGCAGAAACUAAUUCUGAGACAGCAAAGGAAUACUAUAACUCCAAGUGACAGGCUAUCUGGAUUAUACCUUUGGACAGCACACUUUGACUGGAUUUUAAGAUCUCCUGGUGACUUGUGGAUUAUUAUUUGAAGCAAAAUGACCCUGGAAGAACUCGUUGGAUGCAACAUAACUGAUAAAAAAAUGGACACAGUAAACCAAGCUUUGGAAGAGCUGCUGGUAGCAGCACAGAGACAAGACUGUCUAACAGUCGGCGUUUACGAGUCUGCAAAGCUAAUGAAUGUAGACCCAGAUUGUGUCGUGCUAUGCGUUCUGGCCACCGAUGAGGAGGACCAGGACGAUAUUGCGCUGCAAAUUCACUUCACGCUCAUUCAGGCGUUCUGCUGCGACAACGACAUUAACAUCCUGCGCGUGUCUGGUCUGAGGCGCCUCGCGCAGGUGCUCGACGAGCCGGCCACCGUUGACAACAGCGAGCCCAGAGACUUCCACUGCAUCCUAGUCACUAACUCUCAAUGCCAACCACUCAAAUGCCAGGCGUUGAAGGACGUGGGCAACUACUGUGAAGAGAGCCGUUGCAAAAAUCAAUGGAUUCCUUAUCUGUCCCUGCAAGAACGUUGAACGAGUCGUGAUGCUAUUGCUGCAAGGAAAGGAUGAAAGAGUCAUUCUCUGUGAAUGAAAGCAAAAGGGCUCUGCACUAGCCGCCGUUGACUGCUCUUCUGCGUCACUUGAAGGGGCUGUGAGAGAGAGAAAGCGGAGCUCUUGGAACUGUGCGCCCGGUACAUGAUUCCCCCCUGCCCCUCCAGCUUGUCGUGUCCUCCGUGGGAAAAGGAAAAAGUGGUCGCUUUGGUAGCGGAGGAACAAGGUGUGGGAAAGGCUACAAGCUGUGCUGGAGAACUCGCACGCAGGCGGCGUGGGCUCGCGCGCGCGCGCCCCCGGUUUCAUAAUGUGCAAUGGGUUGGAAAGAGAUGAGUGUACGUCACUAUCGCUGACUGCGGGACGAACAUUUUGAAAUGUUGAGUGAAUCAUCUGUGUAUUAGCCGGGCACGAUUAACUAUGAACUGCAGUAGCAUUUAUGUCAAGCUACACAUGGACUGCAAUCGCUUCUGUUAGACUGCACUGAGAGGUGGAACAACAUGAAUUCUGCCGAGUUGCAUACAUGCAUACAUACUAUGAAUUGUUUUAGGUUAAGUUAUUUCCAGUAAUUUAAACAGAGUAAUAUAUGUAUUGCUUCCCUUGUCAAAUGCAACAUUGUUUCAAUAAAUUAUUGUUUGAGACUUA